AACAUGCCUGAUAAAUACAGUCCCUGUUCCUUCCAGCCUGCCUCUCAGGAAGGAGAGUUUACCACAGUCAUGCUCCAUUAGCCACAUUGAUCUGUCACUAUGGAGACCGACACAGGAACUAAGGUUGUUGGUGUAACAGGGGAUCCACAGCAAGACUCCAUUUCCCAUGACACCACUCAACCUCAGUCACCCCCUUCUGUGAAAAUACGGAAGUCGACUUUCAAGUUUUUUGGAGGUCGGAAGAGCAUCUGUGUUCUGCCCAACUUUUUCAGUGGUCGUGGCAGAAGUCAAAGAAAGGGGUCAUCAAAAACAGGUGUAACAAAGAGCCAAACAUAUGAUGGGGUGUGUAGAGGAUGCUGGGAAGAUUUGGGCAAAAGUAGCGGUGAAGUGGCCUCCAGAGACUUUGAGUUCUGCACCUCCAGUGAACCUCAGAAAUCAUCACAGGACCAUGGGAAAUCUCAGUCUCUACCGCGGCAGCGCAGAGGUCUUCGGAGUCUUUUCAGCAGCAUUCGGAGACACAGGAAAAACAAAAAUGUCGAGGUAGACAAGCAUGAGGCACUUGAAAUGUCUUCAAGCUUCCAUUCCGAAACAGUGCCUGGUGCCAUGGCGAGCGUCAUUGACCGUAGCAAUAACCAUGGCGUCAGUCAGGGUGAAGUGUUGGUGCCAGAUGUGCCUAAUCAAACCGCAGGCAGUGGGUGUAAACUGCCAUCGGCUGCCACUGAAUGUACGAAAGAUGUAACGCUAGUGCCUGAGAAACGGAAGAGCAGAGUAGAGCUGGAUAAGAGGAAGAGAGCAGGAGAAGAGGAGAAGGGGGAGGAGAAGCAAAAUGGGAGACAGGAUGGACUGACAACAUAUCAAAAACCCUUAGGUGCCGAGUCAGAACUGGACCGAUUGGCUGAGCAGAAUGUGAAAGUUCCCGAUGGGGAGCCUCCUGCUGCAUCCUGUUCUUCUGAAAACUUAAUCUUUGACGAUGUUUCAUCAUUGAAGAGCUUUGAUUCACUGACAGGUUGUGGAGACAUCAUCGCAGACCAGGAUGACGUCAGCGUCGCUGAGAGUUCAGUGUCUGCCGAGAGAGGCAGCCGAAACGCAGGAAAACGGAGCUCGUGUUUUGUCACAUAUCAAGGUGGAGGGGAAGAGAUGGCAACUCCCGAUGAGACCGAUGCAGAUUACUUGCAGAGCUUAUGGGAAUCUGAAACUAGUAAUGAAGUCUGCUACAUCCCCACAGACAGGAGCUUGGAUAGCCCUUCACUCACCCCUGAUCAGCAAAUGAGCUCCAUCCGUGCCACCUCCAGCAGCAGCCCACUGGGAUGCACAGAAACGGCCCUCACUUCUGCUGACCUCUUGAGCCCACAGAGUGAUCGGCAAGAGUCGGUACCCAACAGCGAUGAGGGAUACUAUGACUCCGCCACGCCAGGAAUUGAGGAGGAGAGUAGAGAACGUCCACACCAGGAAAGGCUUCCAAGGGACAGCUACAGUGGUGAUGCCCUGUAUGAACUUUUUGAGCCUGAUGAUCGCCUGAUCAGCCCUGCUCUUCCUCCGAAGGAUGCCCACUUGCAGGGCGACAAGAAUACAACAAACCCUCUGUAUGCCCGGGCGUCAACUGGUCUUGAGACCGGAACCAUGGAGACGGAGGAGGAGCGUCUGAGCAAGAUCCAGCAUGCUCUUCUGUGCUGCAAGUUUCAGAAUCUCAGAAGCCCAUCCAAAGAUCAGCUUCUGUUCCAUGACGACUGCUUCUACAAUGAUUCAAGCCUGCCUACAGUUGACACCGGUCAGACAGUUUUGGGAGAAGUUACCAAUCAGCACUAUCCCCAAUCACCACAGAGAUCCCAGACUGUAAUGGAGCCAGUCCCUCUCAACAGGGGUCAGAUUCAGGAGAGUCCAUUGUUUGCACCCUGUGCCGAUUCGGGGUUUAGUUCACAUGUCACCGACACAACCAGACCGCAGCCUCAGUCUGAGGAUCAAAGCCCGUUACUACCCACCAGAGGCUGCCGCCAGUCCCAAGAAGAACUGAUGGUCUGUUUCUCCCAAGCGCUGGUAGAUUUCACAAAGAACACACGGCAUUACCGCAACUCUACUGAGAGUCUUGAUGGCUCAGAGUCAAGUUCUCCUUAUGGCCCGAGUCUGAAUGCCCUGCCUGCCAUUGUCACAUUCGAUGUGGUGGACAUGGAAAAUGAGGGUGAGUGUGAGCAGCAGACCGAGCUUGUUGAGGAAGAGGAAGAGUUGGCUUCUCCUUACGAACCCUUCGAGGAUGAUGGCUGUUACCUUCAGCAAGAUGCCUUUGCCGAGUGUGACCAGCGUACUUUCGAUGCCUACGAACAAAGUCUGUUUCUCAGUAACACUUGGGGCAUCGCAAGCCUUCCUCGCCACCUCAGUUUGGGUCGACCUUGUCCGCCAGUCCCUGCUCCAUUAGCACUAAAUCGACGCAGUCGCUCUCUUGACACGGACUGUCUGGAGUUUAAGACAAGUGAGCUUUACACGAGCGUAACCAACUAUGACUCAAAGGGGGUUGUGUUUUCACAGCGUAGGACUACUGAUUGCAGUGAAAUGCCGUUACCACGACAACCCUGCAGGGUUACUGUUGAUAGUUGGAGGCGGGGCUAUGGCCGGGGUUUUGACUCCAACUCUUCUCAGCAAGAAACGAAGUUGCCACAUGUGAGCCAAUCCACUGUAAGACCUUCACAUCUCCCCCUGAAGAACAACUGCCAUAAUCCUAACCUCCCUGGUGCCACUAGAGCGGAUGGUGAGAGAGAGAUAUUGUUUGGUGGAGGGGAUGCACUUUAUCCCUGCAGUUAUCCCCCAACAGGCACGCAGUGGAAGAAUCGACCUGUCGGAGUCACUCAAGGUGUGCCUCAUCUUCGCUCUGAGCAAUCUGCAGACCGUCGAGAAAUUACCAUGAAGAACAGGAGGGGAGAACUUGAGGGUGGCUUCACCCCUGCAACACCCAAAUUAUAAACUAUCUCUCUCAAUCAAAAUAAAACAAUAAUAGUAAUAGACAAGUCUCGUCACCAAAGACGAUGCUGGAUGUUUACUGACGUUCUCACACACACACACACACACACACACACACACACACACACAGUAGUUGCUGUUACUGCCGGAUAAGCUAUAGAUUUAUUUUGUCUUGUACUGUGUAGUUUUUGAGCUAUUUCUAGUUUGAGUAUUUGUACCUUGUGUUUUACAGCAUUAUUCAGCAGGUGCUAUCAAUAUAUAGAUGCCAUAUUGCUUUGCAUUUAUGUAGCCAGGUAUUGCCAUUGAAAUUUAUCCAUUUUGUUUGGAUAUGCUAUAAUUAUAUUUGCAAAAAAAGACAACAAUGCUACAAAAUGACUUAUUUUAGCAUAAGAAUGAAAACCUUCAUUAGCACAUUGAAACCAAUAUCAUCUUAGAAUCCUGUUUGAAUUGAUGAACAAAUAGUUUUAAUACAACACUUUUUUUUAAUUAAAAAAAUUAUACAUGUU